AGUGCUAGUUGGCUGGUGCGUCUAAAAUGCUUAAGCUUGUAUUUAGUUACCACAGAGUGAGUGGGUCUUUUAUCUGAAUAAAUUCUGCAUCUUUUUGAGCGCUUACUGUGUCAGCGAUGAAGGCCAACAUGAUAAAAUAUUUAGUCUAAGACUCGUAGUAUGUUUUGGAUAUUGUGUGGUGAUUUAAAAUGUUUUGCUACCAUUUUCUCAGUAAGGUUAUAUAAGACAGAGGUUUGGUAUUUUAAAAAAAAACAACACGGUUGUAGGCUGAAUUUUUAGUCUUAAAGGACUUUCCAUUUGGGUCAAGGAAAAAAACUUUCAGAAGUAGGGACCGCAUGUUACACCAGAUUAGUAGUAUUUAACUAAGAGAGUAUCUAAAAUAAUAAGUUGCUCAGAUGAGCAUCGCGUUGUCAGUCGGUGUGUUAGCUUCCUCCUCUCGUGUUUACUUGCUGACUCACCGGACGACGUGUGCCUUGAAGUUGUUGGGAUACAUUAUCCUUCUGCUUGUAUCAUAAUAGCUGUCUGCAACACAGGGUGUCCGGAUGAAAUCACAGCCCAGCGAGCAGCCGGAACAACAGCAGGGAGAGCUGCCUCCUCCAACUGGAAUGAGCAGUACGUGGUAACUCUGGCAGCUUCUGGCCAUCCCAAUAAUGAAAACAGAAGCUAAGGAUGGAGAAGAGGAAAGCCUGCAGACAGCAUUCAAAAAACUAAGAGUUGACACAGCUGGAUCUACUGCUUCUCUCUCUGUGGGUGAAGGGACGAGUCCAAGAACACUAGUUAGAACAGCAGCAGAUGAAACCAAAUCUAAGAGCGUGUGUACUUCAAAGGAAACCUGGCAUGGGUCUAUGAAGAAGCCUUCAAGGGGAGUUGUGAGAACCCAGCGUCGCAGGCGUUCCAAGUCUCCAAUUCUUCAUCCUCCAAAGUUUAUUCACUGCAGCACAAAACCACAUUCCAUGUGCAACCAGCUAGUGCAGAAAAGCCAGAUCGAUGCCCCAGAUGACAGCAGUGGGUUUGGGAUGCCAGUCCCAAAGGAAACCUGUGCACACGAACGAUGCAGUAUUGCUCCUGAUGGUGGCCAGAAGGGAGCUGACGUUGAGUCUUUGGGAGCUUCUGUUACACAGUCAGUGCUGGAGAACAAACAGGAGAACUCUGCAGCUGCCCUUUCUCUAGUAUCCAAAACCAGCCUAGAAACUACAGAGCUUUCUGACUUCCAAUCCAUGUGCAAGCUGAACACGAACAAACCCUGUGCAUGUGCAGAUAAAGCCUGUCAGUGUAAACGAUGGCAAGAUAUGGAAGUGUACAAAUUCUCUGGCUUGCAGAACACCCUCCAGUUGGCACCUGAUAGAACAGUUUCUGAGGAUCACUCCCAGUCUUUGCCAUCAAGAACUCCCUCAAGUUCUCCACGCUCCUGCUCUGAGCAAGCCAGGGCCUUUGUGGAUGAUGUGACUAUUGAAGAUCUUUCGGGAUACAUGGAAUAUUACUUGUAUAUUCCAAAGAAAAUGUCUCACAUGGCGGAAAUGAUGUACACCUGACAGCAAUGAGCACUAAAAACGGAAGGGGGAUGGCUUAAAUCUGCCCUCAGUCACAUUCAUGUGAGAUGCAACCCGCUCCCUGCUCACUGUGCUUGCAAUAAAAACACUUCUUUGCAUCUUA